GUGGGAUUCAUCGGAAAACCAUCGCCAUCGUGGCUAGUUAUCACCGCCAGUAAAAAAAAACAUAAAAUAACAACGCCACUCGUACGCCUUUUCGACCUCAAAAGCUCCAGAAGCUAAAUCAUUUCAGAUCCCAAACUCCCGGCCGCUCCCAAACACAACCGCCGAUGCGAUACAGCCCCAGGCCAACCGUCCACCGCUGACGAAUCGAUGAGCCGCCGUGGUCUUGCCAUCACUUUCCUCUGGUUUCUCGGCUUUCAUUCCCCUCUCGCCUUUACUCUCACAAGUAACACCACCCACAUCCUUCAGGAUGUCGUGAAGGACAUAGCCAAGAAGCAGAACUGGGAUUGGGAAGGAAUUCAGGUUUCCCAAUUGGUAGCGAGCAAAUUUAGAUUGGGUACAUCUCGAAGGUACGAGUUCCGGAUCCGGUUGGGGAAAAGCUACUUGCUUUUCAAGUUCCCGGACGAAGAAGUGGAUUCCUGGAGUACCAGUAAGUUCGAUAGACGAACAGCGGGUGAUGAUGAAUCUGAUGAUGGCGGUUUGCGGGAUUUGGUUAAGGAAGUUGGCUCAGUUCCACCCCUGCUGCGCACUUUGAAGCUCGAGGGUCCCUUCGUUUUGUCAGUCGCCGGCGUCGGCCAGCUCUCCUUGUCCUUGCCGCUGAACACUUCAUACAACAAUCUGAAACAUGUAGUCGUUGGCGAGGGAAUGAUUGUAGAAGUCACAGGAGCGCGAGAGGUCUCUCUUUUCCAUGGUUCUGAUCUCGGUUUCGCAGGAAAUGAGAGUGAGAGCAUCAGUAGGAAAAACAAGGAAAGGAAUGGCUUUCGUGACUUCUUCUAUUCCUUAUGCAAGCCAUUAGUCCCUAUACGCAUUCUUGGAUAUGCAUCACUGAGAGCCUACAAGACCAGGAACCCUGUCGAGAGCAUCAACACAGUUUUCAUGUCCAAGAACAUGAUCGAGUUACUACCAGACAAGUGCUACAGCAGGAAUGUUCAAAAGACGACGAAAAAGGCAUGCCCGAUCCAGUCUCUAGACUCCAGAAUAGCAAAGCUGGAAAAUGUAUUCAGCAUGUAUCUCGGCGAUAGGGCGCAGAAUGGCUGGCUGUGGGGAUUUAUGAGAGCAACUGUUAAAGCAUCGUCCAUUUUCCGCUUUCAGCUGGAGCUGGAAAAGACUCCCGAGAAGAACAAGACUCGUCAAGUAGAGUGGAGGACUAGACCUUUGGUCGAACGACUGUGGUUCGAUGUAACAGCAAGAAUCGAAGAUGAGAAGCUGAAGCCGAUCAUCGUGAAGAAGGUUAGGCCUUUUGUUGCCGUAGAUACAGCUUCGUGGAGUAAUUUGAUGUCAAAUCUUUCGUUUACGAAGUUCCCUUCCAUUCUUGUCCCUCCCGAGGCUUUAACUCUGGAUGUGAAAUGGUAG